CCCAUGGAGGAGAUAUACCAGAAACUAAGCGUGGUGAAUCUAUGGCAGGGCUUCCGCAAUUCAGAUGAAGCAUCAUUUGAGGUGAUUGAGGCAUGGCUUCAUCACAGCACUGGGCAGAUCCACAUGAACCGCAAGCCCGUCUCGGUCAAGGAGUUGGAUAACUGGCUUACCGACGAAUUCGAUGGCGACGGCGACACGAAAAAGUCUCUCGUUUUGCGAAUAGCCCUGAUCGGCUGCGACAUCAAGCACAGAAUCCUGAAGCUCUCCGGCGAAGCGAUGAAAGCCCUACUCAAGUCGUUCAACCUCGAGCUGGCCUAUAAAUACUCGCAGAGCUGCAUCACCAAUGUGGCUGCCAUCCCGCCGCAGUCAAGCGAGCACCAGGCGUAUUCCUUUUGCUACAUGCCAAAGCUUGCGGCAAUGUGGGAGCAUCGCCGCUUCGACGCGCAGAGCCCAACCGAUCGGUCAUAUUUGACGCAAGGCGUGAUAUUUCUCGAUGAAUCCAACAUGCUGUUCCUCUCCGAAGUCUUCCGCACUCCCUGGAGUCCACUUCUAUACGAAAGCCCCGUGUUCCCCGCCUUUCUCCUCAGCCUCAUUCUCAGCACGCAGAUUCAUCAAGGGGAAGAAAAGGUCAAGUUAAAAAUACGUGCGAGCGAAAGGUGUGCCUCGCUUCAGAUGCCACAUCAGGGGUACGAUAAAGGUGUCAUGAGCUUGUUCAUCAGCCUGGCUUCCGAAGCAGAUAGAUGUGCUGUGAAGCUCAGUAGCUUGAGCAGAAAAAGCAAAAUGGUGGAAAAGGCCUUGAAGUUUAUAUUGAAAAAUAUAUCGGCACAAGGCGACUAUGAAAGCUCGCCCAAAUCUGUGUCGGCUGAGGCCUGUCAAUUGUUGAAGAGCCAUGCGCUUCUUUUACAGGACAGGUUGGAAAUGCAGCUUGUGGACAUAGAAUAUACCUUGAAGCGCGUCCAGCUUCAGAUCAGCAUUCUCGCCGGCAUCAUCUCUAGAAGCGAUUUUCAAGCGACUCUAAUGCUGGCAGAGUCCCAGCACCGCGAUUCGCUCUCGAUGAAGACGCUUGCCAUUGUCACCAUGUUCUUUCUCCCAGGAAGCUUUGUUUCCGCUUUAUUCUCAACAUCAAUGUUCGACUGGGACAGCGUCAACUCCUCAUCAGAUAGUAUCGGCGUGCGGCCGCUGCCUCAAUUUCGACUGUACUGGGUCAUCACCAUCCCGCUCACCAUCAUCACCUUUAUGCUCUUCUUUAUGUGG